AAUAUUUCGUGGCGUCGAUGUAAAGAGGCUGCGGCUCCCCGGGGCGCCGCAGCGCACAGUUUGGGAAUCACUGCCUUAAGGCUUAACGACCUGGGCCAAGGCAUGUCUCCAUCUUCAACGCGCAAUACCAGGCUAAAACGUCCUACCACAGCAGAUUCUGAUUCAAAUUUCCUCUUCGCAUUGGCUCUAGCGGAUCUAGCUGAUGUUGGGUCUGCGAUGAGCGUGGAGUUGCUGCCGUUUUUAUCGUUUUUCGUGGUGCUAGUUGUCUCCACGGACACUCGAACGGAGCAAGCCAACCAAAGGAUGGAGGGCCCGAUUGGUCUGAAGGACAGGUAUACUGUAUCUGGCUGCAAGAUGGCUGGCCUUUCUCAGAUUCCGGUGCCUUCCUUCGCCGGUCUGGUGGAGUACGAUUUUGAAGAAUUUGGCCACUUCUUGGCUGAGCUGAUCCCCAGAUAA